ACCGGAAGUGAACUGAUCCGGACUUCUCGAGACCUCGUCCCUGAGCUCGGAGCUGGACUUCCCUGAGAGUCUGAGCUGCUGAGAAGUAUGGAGGAUGAUGAACUUCCGGCAGAGGAUGGGCUGGGUGGGCGUGGCUCUCUUCCUCCUCCUCAGCAUCGUGGCGGCGUUCUGCGUCUUCGAGGUCGUCAGUCUUGAGCGCGUGCAGAGGGACGGGGUCGACUCGUUGGCUCUUCCUCCUGCAGUCCUCGCCCACCUUCCACCACUUCCUCUUUGGAUGUGGGCGUCGGUCUUCCUGGUGCCGUACCUGCAGCUCUUCCUCUUCCUAUUCUCGUGCACGAGGGCCGACCCCCACGCCGUCGGAUACUGCGUACUUCCUGUCUGCAUCGUCCUGCUGUGGAGCCGCUGCCACACCAAACCGACCAAUCAAAGAGCUGGCUUGCUUAUCCACAUGUAGAGAGAGAUGGACAUGAUGUCACUUCCUGUGUGCCUUUUAACAAACACUUUUCUAGGUGACGUCAUCACUGCCUCAGUACGGACUGUCACCCUGCAGCUGUCAAUCAUCUACCUGUGGUUCCACUGCCAACCAAUCAGCGCGCAGUAUUUUCACAUUGUGUUUUUCUGUAUUUAUGACAUGAGACACUGGUUACCAUGGAAACUUUAUUGUAACAAUAAUAAACAAUAGAAAUUUCAGGUGUUUUUGGAUCUUUUCGCUGCAGGAUGAAGGUCAGAGCUCAGGCACUCUUCUUCCUCGUCAUCGUUUCCUUC